AUGGGGCCGUGCCGAGGAUGAGAGACUCCAAAUAUUUACCACUUGGCUGACUAAAUAUCUUUAUUUCCGAACUGGAUUUCAUCCCUCGCUCUUGUACAUAUUAAUACUUUUCGAACACGCAUGAGUUUAGGUGGAAUUUGGCCAAAAUAAAGUGGAGUAUCUGUACGUCCACGACACACGCUUAAAAAGUCGACAAAAUGUAUUCCUCUGCUGGAGCUGCUGAGAUGCUUGAGGGACCCCGUUCCUCUGGGUCAUUAAGCUCUGAUCCCGACGUUUUAGAACCUCCGUCUUCUCCAGUGCCAGAAUAUGUGUUCAAGCCACCAUCACGGCCAGACUUUGGCACCAUGGGCAGGACAAUCAAGCUCCAGGCCAACUUCUUUGAGAUGGAAAUCCCCAAACUGGAGGUCUACCAUUAUGACAUCGACAUCAAGCCUGAGAAGUGCCCCAGGAGGGUCAAUCGUGAAAUAGUGGAGCACAUGGUCCAGCACUUUAAAACACAGAUCUUUGGAGAUCGAAAGCCAGUGUAUGACGGGAGGAAGAAUCUCUAUACUGCCAUGCCCUUGCCUAUAGGCAGAGACAAAGUGGAGCUCGAGGUGACCAUCCCUGGUGAAGGCAAAGACCGCAGCUUCAAAGUGUCCAUCAAGUGGGUGUCCUGCGUUAGUCUGCAAGCUCUGCACGAGGCACUAGCAGGACGGCUACCCAGUGUCCCUUUUGAGACCAUCCAAGCCUUGGAUGUGGUCAUGAGACAUUUGCCCUCUAUGAGGUAUACCCCAGUGGGCCGCUCUUUCUUCACUCCCUCUGAGGGGUGUUUGAACCCCCUCGGUGGUGGCAGAGAGGUUUGGUUUGGCUUCCACCAGUCUGUCAGACCUUCCCUCUGGAAAAUGAUGCUGAACAUCGAUGUUUCGGCCACUGCGUUCUACAAAGCCCAGCCUGUAAUUGAGUUCAUGUGUGAGGUCUUGGAUUUCAAAAGCAUCGAAGAACAACAGAAGCCCUUAACCGAUUCUCAACGAGUGAAAUUUACAAAGGAAAUCAAAGGUCUGAAGGUGGAGAUCACUCACUGUGGGCAGAUGAAGAGGAAGUACAGAGUGUGCAAUGUGACCAGGAGACCAGCCAGCCACCAAACGUUCCCCCUCCAGCAGGAGAACGGCCAAACUAUUGAAUGCACAGUAGCGCAGUACUUCAAAGACAAGUACAAGCUCAUCCUGCGAUACCCCCACCUGCCAUGUCUACAGGUGGGACAGGAGCAGAAGCACACCUACCUACCUCUAGAGGUGUGUAACAUAGUGGCAGGACAGCGCUGCAUCAAAAAGCUGACAGACAAUCAGACAUCCACUAUGAUCCGCGCCACAGCCCGAUCAGCACCAGACCGUCAGGAUGAGAUUAGUAAAUUGAUGAGAAGUGCCAACUUCAACACUGACCCUUACGUUCGUGAAUUUGGAGUCAUGGUGAGAGAUGAGAUGACAGAGGUGAACGGCCGCGUCCUACAGGCACCUUCCAUUCUGUAUGGAGGCAGGAACAAAGCAAUAGCCACACCUAUCCAGGGAGUAUGGGACAUGAGGAACAAGCAGUUCCACACUGGCAUUGAGAUCAAAGUGUGGGCCAUCGCCUGCUUUGCCCCACAGAGACAGUGCACUGAACUUCUGCUCAAAGCGUUCACGGAUCAGCUGAGGAAGAUCUCCAGGGAUGCAGGAAUGCCCAUCCAGGGUCAGCCUUGCUUCUGCAAGUACGCCCAGGGAGCAGACAGCGUGGAGCCAAUGUUCAGGCACCUCAAGUACACCUACCAGGGCCUCCAGCUGGUGGUGGUCAUCCUGCCAGGGAAGACGCCUGUGUACGCUGAGGUGAAGCGUGUCGGGGACACGGUACUUGGCAUGGCCACGCAGUGUGUACAGGUGAAGAAUGUUCAGAAGACAACACCUCAGACUCUCUCCAACCUCUGUCUGAAGAUCAAUGUCAAGCUGGGUGGUGUCAAUAACAUCCUGCUCCCGCAGGGCAGGCCGAUGGUUUUCCAGCAGCCAGUGAUCUUCCUCGGUGCAGAUGUGACUCAUCCACCUGCAGGAGAUGGAAAAAAGCCUUCCAUCGCCGCUGUUGUUGGUAGUAUGGAUGCACAUCCCAGCAGAUACUGUGCCACGGUGCGUGUGCAGCAGCACCGUCAGGACAUCAUCCAGGACUUGGCCACCAUGGUGAGGGAGCUUCUCAUCCAGUUCUACAAGUCCACCCGCUUCAAGCCCACAAGGAUCAUCUAUUACCGAGAUGGCAUCUCUGAGGGCCAAUUCAACCAGGUUCUUCAGCAUGAACUUCUGGCAAUCCGUGAGGCCUGCAUCAAACUUGAGAAGGACUACCAGCCUGGCAUCACCUUUGUUGUCGUGCAAAAGAGACACCACACAAGACUGUUCUGUAUGGACAGAAAUGAGAGGGUUGGGAAGAGUGGCAACAUCCCAGCAGGCACCACAGUGGACACCAAAAUCACACACCCAUCAGAGUUUGACUUCUACCUUUGCAGUCACGCUGGCAUUCAGGGCACCAGCAGGCCGUCUCAUUACCAUGUGCUGUGGGACGACAACCACUUCUCUUCAGAUGAACUGCAGGUUCUCACGUACCAGCUUUGCCACACCUAUGUGCGCUGUACUCGGUCAGUUUCCAUCCCAGCACCAGCCUAUUACGCCCAUUUGGUGGCUUUCCGGGCUCGCUAUCACCUGGUGGACAAAGAGCACGACAGUGCUGAAGGAAGUCAUACAUCAGGCCAGAGCAACGGCCGUGACCACCAGGCCUUGGCCAAGGCUGUGCAGAUCCACCAGGACACGCUGCGUACCAUGUACUUCGCCUGAGAGCACAGAACCCCAGGUUGGACGUGGGUGAGACCCCACUGAUGGAACACACUAAACCCCCGCUGUCUCGCAGUCAGCUGUAGAUAGCAUCACAGUGGUUUCACAUUGUGAUCUCCCUACUUAACAAACCUGUCAGUUACCCACACGUCUACAAAUGUACUUCAGCCCCUAACCCACCCAAACCAAGCCAGCUAUUAGACUAAGAUGCAAAAGAAUCCCUCUUUCAGGGGGGAUUGAGUUAGAAGAGGUUUUAUUUACUUGUUGUGCAUUUGUGUGUAUUUGUAUUUGUUGUAGGGAAAUACAUGUUGCAAAGUCUGAGAGGAAAAGGAAAAGUUUCUACACUGAUAGAUGAAAUGUACCAUUUCUAAACUAGUGCGCAGUAACAUUUUACAUUGGGGUGGUUUAUAAUUUAGAAUGAAGCUGUGCACCCUCCUUCUCCUGUAUUUUUUUAUUGUUCGUUAUGGUCUUGGUGCUUGAAGGGAGAAGGAGACAUCAAAAGAUGACGGGGCCCGCUCACUGUUUAUAUGCCUGAUGAAUUGCUCCUCUGACAAACAUUAUUUAUCAGCCAAUCAAAGCAAAGUGCACUGACCAGAAUGGGUACUUUAACCAGGGCAAAAGUACUUAAUAUAUUGAGGGUUGUGUGUGAUUUUUCACAUAGGGCACUAUGUGAUGAAAAGUGCCAUUCGAGACCACCUUUCUGUCACCAUUUCUAUGUAAAACUAUGAAUAAUUAGGCCCACAUCUGCUGGGUUUUCAGUAUUUAUCCUUGAUUGACAUUGGUGACCCAUUUUAAUGCCAAAUCUGGUGACAACUUACUAAAGGAUUCUUUGCGUCAGAUUUGCCAUCGACCCUUGAACCAGCAGUUUAUUCUAGGUGAGGGGGGCUUUUAGUGUUCAGAUUUAAAGAAUAGCAGUUUUAUCCUCCUAUGCCUCAUGUGUUAGUCUGAUAACGUUGCACCAGUAAACUAAAUUUCCAUGCCGAGAAAUAGUGUAUUGGGACUGGUUCCCAACAAGGACUCCUUUAUAAUGUACUCUGAGCCGUGUUGAUAAAAGACACAUAAUGUAGAAAUCAGCAUAGAAGGGAACUGGAUGGAAUCACUUUUGGUCCCUUCUGUUUUUAUAGUCUAUUUUAAUUUCAAUCAUUUUUUUUUUGUAAUGAAUAUGCAUGUAGCGGACUUAUGUUUUAGACAUUAGGCAUUUGUGAUAAUUGUUAAUUUCUCCCUCUAUACACAUUAACCCUACUUCUAUUUUUUAAUGUAUAUAGCAGCAGAAUAGUGUUUUCUGCCGUGUCUUUGUCGGAGCGAUAUUUGUAUGGCGUCUCGAUAUCCAGGCAUUCGGUACAGUGGAGUGAAAGCUGCAACAUUUUAGUGUUUAACCGAUUGAAAUUCCCUAAAAAAAAAAAAACAAACUCUUGAAUUAUAGUGUUUGCUCCAGGUAUUGGGAGCGGUUGUCGCACAAAAGCUUGGGUUUUAUGCAAAUGACUUUUUGUGAGUCUUUAUACUAUAUAUAGUAACGUUGGUCAUAAGGUAUAUUUUGAAUAAGCUUUCAGUGGAGGCUGCUGAAAAUAUUAUAAAGAUCUUUUUUUUUUUUAAAUGACUGGCCCAUACGAAGUCUAAAUUAACACUGUCUAUUUGUAUACAGAUUUUAAAUGCAAAUAUUUACUUGCCUUCUAAGACUGUUACAGUCUUACUAAUAAUUCUAGACAUUUCCUAACAUCUCACCUAAGUUUUACUACUAAGUUAAGCUGGCGAAUGUUCACAUAGUCUUGAUUGGAGGCGAGUAGUCUAUAUUUUCUAACUAUGCAUCAUUUUUAACCAAGAGAUUUAACAGUGGGGUAUCUCACAUGAAUUUGGGUCAUUUAUAGAGGUAGAUAAUCAGGGCUUUUAUUUUGUUAAUGUUUUUUUUGUUUGUUUUUUUUUAGCAUGUUGCAUUUAGUAGCGUUUCUUAGUGCUUAUCAGCAUCUUCAUGCCUUUCUAACAGCAUGAAGUAUUUAUGUGGUCAUUUGUAUCAUUGUAGAUUUUAUAGCCUAAAAAAUUGGGUGUAUCCUUUGUACACACACAAUCUUUCUUAGCCAAACAAGAUUACAAACUUUUACAUGAUUACUAAUCAAAAGACAUGGAAGCACAAGAGGACAUCUUGAUUCUAGGUGCUAGAUGUUUUCACUGUAAACCACCUUAAAUCCUCACUGGAUUGGUCCACAAAGCUUUGUACUCGUAUGCUAAAAGAUGCUUCAUCACUUUGAGGGUCUUUUCUCUCCCUUGGACGACCUCUCUGUGUUACCCUUUUUAACUCGUUACCUGUAAAGCAACUAGAAAUCCGACGGACUGUGUUUGUGGGGCAUUCUGAAAAUCAUGUACUUGAUAUUUACUGUUAUGAUGUCAAUAUUGUUCUUAUCGGUGCUGGUCUCACAACAUGUAAAUUUGGAUGCACUUUUGAUAGCAGAACGUUGGUGUGACUUCCAAUAGAUGUGUGUUCCUCAAUCGAAGCAGGAGGCUCGGCCAUAUUGCGUGACACUGGUGUAAUUGUAUGGAAAUGGCCGUGUGUUCUACCUCUUGUUACCUGUUAAAGUGUAAUGGUAACAUCACACUGCUGGCCAUUUCUGUAUAAUUACCCCUGCUAUCUAUCUAAUUGGCAUUGUUUGAGUCUUGCAUUGGCAGUAGAGGUUUUAAACGCUUGGUGUGCAUGAUGGUGAACACGCUUUUUCUUAGUUUAUGUAGUUGUGUGAUUUUUUUUUUUUUUUCAUAGUUUUACUCAAACUGAUAAGAGAGAAUGUGUUUGUUUUUUUUUCCUUUUUAGGGGGUUUGAGCGUUGAGCUGUACGACCAAAUUCUUGAAGUGUGUUUGUAUUCGCACACAGCUUUCCCUGCUUACUUUCCUUUAAUUCUAUGCACCAAUGAAAUGACAGACUUCGACACCUUGAUUUGUUUCUUUUUUUUUUCUCUCCACCUGAGCAGUGUAACAGCAAAUGCAAAGCCCACAUCAGCUGUGAUCAUUGCAUAUUUGUUGAUCUGGAAAUUGUAAAUGUACCCUAGCGGUGCUUUUGGUCAGACUGUUAAUUAAAGUUGCUUGUAAGCUGAACAGAAACUAGAAAACAACCCCUGCCUAAGGAUCAGACUGAAAGGUAAAUCUGAUCAGGUAAAUUUCACCACGGAACAUUUAUUAUUUCUGUAUAUAAUCUUUAGUUUAAGUACAAGUGUGGCUGGAUCAGAACAAAUUCAUCUUACAUGUCAGGUGAAGCCUGUCGUUGGCACUGUACUUGGAAAUGUGAAUGUCCUUGUCUCUGUGCGAAUGCAGGCCUUUGUGAUGCUGCCACAAGCGUCCACAUAAUUCACUUACUCGAAUGUUCAGUCUUCAGACUGUCUCUCAAAGGGAUGCCUGGGUAUUUAGUGUUUUUUGUCUGCGGUUGUUCUCCAGAAGAUGCCUGUCAUAUUAUUUGCAAAGUGGUAAAGUUUUAACCGAAUGACAAGAAAAGACAGGUUUUGACCACAAUACAACAGGUGUCCUAGAAAGUAACUCACUAAAAUUCCAAACAUCAAGGUGUCAUUUUAGGAGAUGUGUUUACCUGUUGUCACUGCUUCUUUGUGUUUUUGUUUUUUUUCACAUUACCUAUACCAGCACCUUAAAAUACCAGAUCAGAAUGGCAUUGCUUUUCCUGGAGAUGAAACGCAAAACAUUUGACAAUGUUUUUUUUUUUUUUUUUUUUGCACUAAACAAGAAUGGACUUUGUAGCCGUUGCAGCAUUAAGAGUAUUUAUCGGGUGGAAGAAUGGCAGCCUCUUGGUUUUUUUUUUUUUUUUUUUUUUUUUUUGCUCUUUUUGUGUAGAAAAGAGCAGCUGGCAUUGGUGGCAUUUCAAAAUUAAAAGAUGCACAGCCAAACAUGGCCCGAGAGCCUCAACGUGUGCACUCACCUAGCCAACCAACAUUCAGCAUGUCAUCUUUCAAGAAAAAAAAAUAUCCCGAUGCCUUUAAAUGUUAAUGAAAGUGUGGGACUUGUAGUUGCGUGGGUGGGUUGCCUUUGCAUAGUGAUGCGGGAGAAAGGUGCUUUAUACAAAACAAACUGACAGGAGUUGAAAAGAGCCGAUUAGCUGUGGACAGUAAGGUUUCUGUUAGCGCACUGCUUGCUGGAGACGUGAUGCCAAAGUGCUGUGUGAGAUGGUGUGCUUUAGGAGAAGGUCACAGUCCCUGUUCAAGACCUGCAGUGUGCGUAGAAAACCGUACUGAAAUAAGGCCUUGUUUUGACACCACCACAGAAUAUACAUAUCAAAAUUCAGACGAGGCUUUUCCUUUUUUUUUAUAUACAUCUGCUUGAUCAUAAUGAGCUAAAACCAGAAACGUGUAUGACACAAAAGGAUACACCAGCCUAGAUGAAUGUGGCACAACUUUCUAAAGUAAAACAGUGCCCAAGGUGCUCAGUAAGGCAUUAAAAAUACCUGCUGUGGGAACCCUGACAUUAUUACAGGUUACAGGAUAUUUUCUUCCUAUAUGUAAAAUUAAAUGCACACGUUCACCUCAGUUUGGCUGUUUUUUUUUUUCGUUAACUUUUGGAGUGGGCAAAACCUGGACGAAGCAGGUUCUAGAAAAGGCUGAUUUGUAAAUUAAAUGGCAUAUCAUAAGCUAAUUUAAUCAGUUAGUUUUAUUUUUGUGAUAGCAGUUUUUAUUCUGUUGUAGUUAUGUUUAAAUUUAGGGUUGAACGAGGCAGGGAUAAAAUUCCUCUAAGCGUAAUGAUCAGCCGCAUUUACUGACUGGCUUUUGAAUGGUCUUGGAAUUAAAAAAAGAAAAAAGCCUGAUUUCAGAUGAAGCAACGACCUAUACACGUUUAUUCCAAACCAUUACCCUCUGUAUAGUAACGUCUCUCCUCUCUGCCUCUCAUCCGUUUCUUGUAGAGAAACUAUUGCUGACAUAAAUAAACCUCUUGUAGAGUAAAACCUAUUUUCCUAGCUCCAAAUAAUAACAAUGAAUGUACUUAGAGCCUGCGUGGUUUGUGUAACAUUGUAUAGGCUAUCCAUCCAGUUCAUUUAUACUCAUGUUUGCUUCUUGUGUGUACUUUUCUUUUUCUUUUGUAUUUUGUGUUUUUUUUCUCUUAUUUAUAGGCUUUAACAGUUGCGGAAAGUAUUAUUUUUUUCUUCUUUAAUACUUCAUUGAUUGAGAUAUCGCCCACAUCACAGCUGAUAUCGUUCAUCUUUUCACUGAUUAACACGAGAUAAGCAAGUCUAAAGUUGUCUUUCUCUGCGUGUUGGCUACUGUAGUUUUAGGAGACAAACGUUUCACACUGGUGCAAAGCGUAGUCCUCUUUUCUGUCCUGGCGUCUUGCUUGCGAGAGGUGCUGUAACAUAAGAGCUGUUUGCGUGUGUGUAUAUAUAUAUAUGAUGGUUGCAUUGGUGUGUGAUCUUGUUUGCUGUUAGGGUGCUGUUUUCUGCUUAAGCCCUCAGUCUGACUUUUCUGUCCUCUGUCCUUACAGAGUUGUCCUCUAAAGUCCUAAAAUCCUCCCAGAGUCUCAUUGGUGCAGUGCCACUUGAAAGCAAAGAAGCUAAGGUUUUUGUUUGUAGUGUUCCUUGCUUUCGGUGAUUGUAUUCCUCAACAGCUGUUUUUGUUUUUUUUCCAGAUUUGUUAAUGACAGCUUGUGAUUUCCAUGGCACUCUGUUGGCUUCAGCAGCCAUACGUUUCCUAUUCCUAUUCCUCGUUAAACCUUUCUAAAGCAUCACUUUGUCCUCGAAAGUGAGUCUUUAUCAUGCCAAUGUCCACCCAGUUACCUGCAGCCAUGUGACACCAGUGUGGUAUCCACAAGGUUUUUACACAUAGUUUGUCUAUGUUUUUUUUUUUUUUUUUUUUUUUUUAAGCUACAAGUCUGAAUUAUUGAGUACAAAUUCAAACGGGGUGCUGGCCUCUAAUGUCUCUAAUGUCCCACCACAUGCAGCUGCUUCGUGUUUUGGUUCUUUAGUGUGUUGUUGCAGUCUCAGACGUAUUUAAGAAGGGGAGUAUUUUCAAACAGCCCUUCAGUGUAGUUUGAAGUUGUCUUUCUGACAUUUUUAGCCACGCAUUCAUGGUGGUUUUGCAGACGGCAGUGUCGGUCGGGUGGUCGUUAGGUCCUCUGACUAUGCCUCUACUACCACCAGCAGAAGAUAAAAGUUUUUACAUCCACUGGAUGGGCUGACACGAGAUUUUGCACGUUAGCUUUGUCAUUGUGAGCGUGCGUUAGCAUCCUGAUGUUAGCAUUUAGCUCAAACCACCACUGUACCUGAGCACAGCCUCACAGAGCUGGUAGCCCGGCGGCUCAGUUACAAUCAGUGUGGUGUAACAAAUACUUUGUGGCUGAAUUUGACUCAUUUGAGCCUCUGUACGCAGCAAUUUCAAGCUUCAGAGACGUGAGCUGCUCUGGCAAAAAUAGACCUAACGCUGGAGACACAGCAGGGAUGGUGGAGCGGGGAAAUGCCGUUCUGACUCUGGCAGCCGUGACUGAGCCAGAAUGUGACACAGCUGCAUCCAGUGGACAUUUGGGGUUAAACUUGGGGCUGUAGUGAAUCUGACCUUGACUGAGUAGGACUGUUACCGAGCUUCACCAAACCAAACCAAUGCCAUCCAGUUGACCUACAUGCAUCCAGUCGUGCAAGACUCGUGUGGGUAUUUUUGUAUUUUUUUUUUUUCUCAAAGCAUUUCUAGUCUUCAGAAUAACUUGGCUUUUUAUUUACCAACUUGGAAAAAAAAACUACCUCAGAGCAGUGUCAGGUGCUAGCUAAUAUUAGCCCUAAUUUAUAAUAAUGGUAACAAAGUCAAAAAUUGUAGUGACCAAACCAAUACAAGCCAAUAUCAUGUGAGAGCACUGUUCUUUUCUCGAACCUUAAUAAAUGGAAAACCAAGUAAUCAUGUAUGACUGGUUGGUUGCUUUAGUUGGUUACAUUUUAGGGGACCAAAUUUUUUGUAAUCAGGAGUCUCAUCGUUUCACGUAAGUCCUUCAUUUUUCAAAAGACAGUGACAAAAAUAACCUAGCACAGCCUGGGGCUCGUUGGUGUGGUGGUGAAAUAAACUGCAAUCAUGACUGGAUCAUAUAUUGACAAAUGUGCUGUGGUAAUAUCCAUCCACUAUGACAGCACGUUAAUGUUCCUGAAAAAUUUAGGCGAGACUGAGGAAUGUUUCUAACGGCGGUGAAGGUUUUUUUUUUUUUUUUUUGUGGAAGGUGUAUGUACAGCAAUAAUGUCAGAGUGCGAGCUGUGGAUUGUUGGUAAUUAUUUGUUCGUGUUUCCUCUUCACGCAGGUCAAGGCAACUCUCAGUAAAUAUUUUAGACUUUGAUUUAGCAGGACUACACUUAGUAAAUGGGUAGAUAAACGGAUGGAACCAGCUUUUCUGUUUUUGUUUUUACCAGAAUGUUGAGAUAUUAAGGUUUCAUACUGGAUAGAGCCACUCCAUGUGAUCAAAUGCCUACACUUUCUCUGUCGUGUUAACCCAAUACUGCAAUAAAACCAGGGCGAAUGUCCCUGUCUCUUACUCAGUUCGUUUCCACUUUUACUACGAUCAGCCAGACAACGCCAUUAUUGUUAAGGGUUUAGGAUAUAUGUUUUGCAUGCGACAUUUUACAAAGGGAAUAUACACAUUUGAACAGACUUUACAAUGUAUCACACCAUUGUAAACUUCAACGAAAGGUACAUAUGAGGUUGUGUGGCAGUUAACUUCAGCUCGUCGUCAUUUAGUCUAAACCGAAAACAUCCAUCGUGUUCGUAGUCGAUUUAUGUGUGCCUUUUGUGGGAUCUCUCUCUUCUCCAUCAGCCCCUGCAUUGGGUUUCUGAGUCCUUUCUACAUAAAGGUUUGACAGAAUCUGCUGCGCCACAUUUGAAAAAAAAAAAACAAACAAAAAAAAACAAAAAACUUUUGCAUUUUUAAUUAUCAUGCAACCUUGCGUGUAGAUGCUGCAUA